CUCCAGCGUCUCUCCCUCACCUCGUGUACCAAGGUCCAUUGUUCCACCUGUGGUCAAACGCUCAUGUCCUUUCUCAAGCCACUCAUCUGAACAUGGCCAGUCAAGAAGCUCUGUUUGGUCGUUCCCUGCUGUGUCGCUCCAUUCUCAAAUUCUCACACUCGACUCUUCCUCGCCAGGCGCCCUCUUCCGGAUGGAGUCAUAUUCAAGCUCCAGAUAUUUAUGCUUUGGUCGAACAGCUCGACCAUGGCUGUAUCCAACUUAGGGUCGUCCAGGGGACCCAUGACUUGGAGUGUCUCCCACUUACAGCUAUCAUUCGAGAGACUAGAGAUCUGCAUAGAAGACAACCGAAUCAAGUGACUGAGAACUUGCCUAUCUUUGGUCUGACCAAAGGAACUGCACUGGCUGUCCGCUAUUUCUGUCAAGAUGACCAGGUCAGGCGUAUUCAAUUGCGCUUCGCCGACGAUGCCUCAUGUGACGACAUUGUACAGCUACUUACUAGUCACGGACUGAUGUUUUCCAUACCACUCACCAAACAAAGUACACAGUAUCAAGCUCGUCCCACGACAGUCGACUCGUACAUAGGUCGUCAAAAUUCUGUUCAGUCCGCACGCUUCGACCGACACACCUCUUCCAUAAUCGUUCCGACAGUGCAAGAAACCUUUCGCCCAACCUCUGUCUCUCCCGAAAGACAGCCCAGUAUCAAUCGAGGUGAUCUGUCUGAUAUGCACAUGUUCACUUCUUCGCCGGGACCAAAGGAGUAUGAGACACGAAAUAUCCAAAGACAGCCCACGUUUGCCCCGAUUCGAAUGAGUGCUGAGUCAGAACACCGACCCUCAACUGCGCCUAUCGAGUGGCCAUCGGAUAUGACAAGGAAGUGGCCUCCUCGCAGAGAGCUUCCUUUCCCCAAGCCAUCCAGCAGUCCUGCUAGGACAAAGAUGCUGCCGCCUCUUCCUAAACCUAGUUAUGCUUCAGAAGCUGCGAAAUCAGAAUUGACUGCGAAAGGGGAAAAUGUAAGUCGUUCAUCUCCCGAGAAGCCGCCUCUGGCUCAUCCGGGCAUCACACGACUUGCAACUCCUCGUGGACCAACAAGAUUUGAGCCUCCAGCAUCUCGCAUGUACAAUUUUCGACAGCAAGACGACGAUAUGGCAGUAGACAGUGAUACCGCGAUGCACGACGAAUCUAGAUUCGCAUCUCCGUCCGACAAAACAGCAGUCGAUAGUCGUGCUUCUAGCAGCACUCUGGCUCCCCAAUUGAACGCGGAUGUUGGCUCGGACUCUGACCAACGCUAUCAUAGCAGUGUAAGCGCUGUCCAUCCUAUCGGCUCUGGAGUAACCAACAAGCUAUCCUCAAGUCCAGAGCGUACAUAUCACUCUGGUCUUGAGUACACGCCAGCCUCUAGUCCGUCAGAGAAAUAUAGCCAGCGUCUCGCUCAGAAGCAUAGUCGUGAGCAAGCAGACAUGCAGGACGUCGAGAUGACGACAAUAGAGAGUGCAGCACAACGAGAUGCGCAGGCAGAGCUCAAAUAUCAUGCCGAGCUACCUAAAGAAAAACGUAUGGAGACCAUCAAUCAGUUCAUUCUGGCCAGCAUCGAGAACGAUGAGUUUUUGAAGUUGUGCGUCGACGUCGAGGCAUGUUGGCAACGCAAGGUGCUUGAUAAACGUAUCUGAUUUCGAAUGGGUACAAAUUUGCUCAGAAGACUCAAGCAGAUUUCGCAAUGCACGCAUACAUGUAUACAUACUGCCAUUGCUGAUGGAGGC